AUGGCCUUUACUUCUCUCUCCAACCUUUUGUUUCUCUCGACCAUCGUCUUGUCUCUGUCGGCGUCCAUCCACGCUUCAUACGUAUUCACUUUCCCACCCGUAGGACAGACCUUAUCUCUGGGCCAAUCAUACAACGUUACAUGGGAAACCCAAGUGGAUGACAUCCCGAUAGAGCCUCUGGUCGAUGUCUUGCUAUCACAUGGAGAACCUGGAAAUCUCACGAUAGACUAUGCUAUCUGCACAAACGUACCUAGUUCGAGCCAAUCGUGUUUCUACACUCCGUCGGCAGACAGUCCGAGCGGACAAGACUAUGCGUUCAUUGUUGGCAAAGCUCAACCGUCUUACGCCUAUAGCAACUAUUUUGCUCUAAAUUCCACUGGUCCGCUUCCGGAUAACAUUGGCUGUCCAGCCAUGGGUGGACACAACUGCACCGAGAGCCUGCCGUGUUGUAGCUCAAAUGGAUACUGUGGAUCGAGUGUGGAUUACUGCGGAGUUGGGUGUCUUCCACAGUUUAGCUUUAACGGCGUUUGUCUUGCUCCAAGCCCUUCUCCAAGCUCUUCAACUCCAGGUGCUUCUCCGACCACUUCAAGCACUCCUCCUCCAGAUGCUUCAAGCACUCCUCCUCCAGAUGCUUCAAGCCCUUCAAGUCCCCCACCCACUUCAAGCACUCCUCCUCCAGAUGCUUCAAGCCCUUCAAGUCCCCCACCCACUCCACCUGCCAAUCCGAAUGCUCGCUUUGUCAAAAAAGCAUUUCGUUUUAAGAGGAAUUGA